UCGGCAGAGGGCGGCGCUGUAACUCCCGCUCUGGCCCUGGGAGCAGCCCGAAGCCCGCUCCGUGCCCCGCAAAGCGAGGGGGGAAGCGGCGGCUGCGGCUCCAGCCCGCCGCCUUCCAGCACCACAUGGCGGCGGCAUUAGCAACACAAACGCCGCCCCCGCCCCUGGGGCGCUCACGGCCGCUCUAGGCGGCGGGGAACAGCGACUCCCGGCCCGGAGACUCCUCCUCCUCUUCCUGCGGCGCCUCCGGAGUCUCCGAACGGGCGCUGCGCUCCCCGCCAUGCCGCGCCCGGGCCGCUACCCCUCGUCCCGGCUGCUGCCCGCGCUGCUCUUCCUCGCCUUGCUCGGCGGCGCCGGCGCCUCGCUGCCGCCGGGAUGCAAACAAGACGGCCGCCCCAGGAGCCCCGGCAGGUCCCCGGCCGAGGGGAAGGUGGUCUGCAGCAGCCUGGAGCUCGCCCGAGUCCUGCCGCCCGACGCGCUGCCCAACAGGACGGUCACCCUGAUUCUGAGCAACAAUAAAAUAUCAGAGUUGAAGAAUGGUUCCUUUUCUGGAUUAAGUUUUCUUGAAAGAUUGGACCUAAAGAACAAUCUUAUUAGUAUUAUAGAUCCAGGUGCUUUUAUGGGGCUUCCGUCUCUUAAAAGAUUAGACUUAAGUAACAAUAAAAUAGGCUGCCUGAAUGCAGAUAUAUUUAGAGGACUCAUAAAUCUUGUUAGAUUAAAUCUUUCAGGGAAUUUGUUUUCUGCACUAACGCAAGGAACUCUUGAUCAUCUUAACUCACUAAAGUCUUUAGAAUUUCAGACUGAUUAUCUUCUAUGUGACUGUAACAUUUUGUGGCUACAUCAGUGGUUAAAGGAAAGAAAUAUAACAGUGCGUGAAACUAAAUGUGCUUACCCCAAGUCAUUGCAAGGACAGCUAGUAACAUCAGUUAAGCAGGAGCUUCUAACAUGUGAACCUCCUCUUGAAUUACCAUCUUUCUACAUGACUCCAUCCCAUCGUCAGGUUGUCUUUGAAGGAGACAGUCUGCCCUUCCAAUGCAUGGCUUCAUAUAUUGAUCAAGACAUGCAAGUGUUAUGGUACCAGGAUGGGAAGAUUGUUGAAACUGAUGAAUCUCAGGGUAUUUUUGUUGAAAAGAACAUAAUUCAUAAUUGCUCAUUGAUUGCAAGCGCCUUGACUAUCUCAAAUAUUCAAGCUGGAUCCACUGGCAACUGGGGUUGUCAUGUGCAAACCAGACGUGGGAAUAAUACAAGAGCUGUAGACAUUGUGGUGUUAGAGAGCUCUGCACAGUAUUGCCUUCCAGAGAGGGUUGUCAACAAUAAAGGAGAUUUCAGGUGCCAGCUAUCACAAUUAGAUUCCCUAUAUGUAAGGUGGCCUAGAACAUUGGCAGGCAUUACUGCAUACCUACUGUGUACUCGUUACUCUGCUGGCAGUGGGAUAUAUCCUGGCAACUCUCAGGAUGAGAGAAGAGCUUGGCGCAGAUGCGACAGAGGAGGAUUCUGGGCAGAGGAGGACUAUUCUCGGUGCCAGUAUGCAAAUGAUGUUACUCGAGUCCUGUAUAUGUUUAAUCAGAUGCCACUCAACCUUACUAAUGCAGUUGCAACAGCAAGACAGCUUUUGGCUUACACUGUUGAAGCAGCAAAUUUUUCUGAUAAGAUGGAUGUUAUUUUUGUGGCUGAAAUGAUAGAAAAAUUUGGAAGAUUUGCUGAAAAGUACAAAGAGCUUGGUGAUGUGAUGGUGGACAUUGCAAGUAACAUCAUGCUAGCUGAUGAACGUGUUUUAUGGAUGUCACAGAGAGAAGCCAAAGCUUGCACUAGAAUUGUACAGUGUUUACAGAGAAUUGCUAUGUAUCGACUGGCAAAUGGGGCUCAGGUUUACUCAACAAAAGUGGCUGCAACAGACCGUACAGGACUUUCUGACUAUGGGAGAAGAGAUCCAGAUGGAAACCUAGAUAAGCAAUUAAGCUUUAAGUGCAAUGUUUCAAAUACACUGUCAAGUUUGGCACUAAAGAACACUAUUAUAGAAGCUUCUAUUCAACUGCCACCCUCCCUUUUUACACAAAAGCAGAAAAGAGAAAUUAGACCAGCAAAUGAGUCCAUCUAUAAGCUUCAACUUAUUGCAUUUCGCAAUGGAAAACUUUUCCCAGCAACAGGAAAUUCAACAAAUCUUGCAGAUGAUGGGAAACGACGUACCGUAGUAACACCAGUUAUUCUCACCAAGAUAGAUGGUUUAAACCUUGCCAGUCACCACAUCGCUAUUAAUGUGACACUGCGACGUAUUGCUCAUGGAGCAGAUGCUGUUGCGGCACAAUGGGACUUUGAUUUGCUCAAUGGACAGGGAGGAUGGAAGUCUGAUGGAUGUCACAUUAUCUCUUCAGAUGAAAACAUUACGACCAUUCAGUGCUACUCCCUCAGUAACUAUGCAGUCUUGAUGGAUUUGGCAGGAGGUGAAUUGUAUACCCAACCAGCUGCUCUCUUGCAUCCCGUUAUUUAUGCUACUUCUAUAGUUCUGCUAAUGUGCCUCUUGAUGAUCAUAGUCAGCUAUAUAUACCACCAUGGUGUGAUCAGGAUCAGCAUUAAAAGCUGGCAUAUGUUAGUUAACCUGAGCUUCCAUAUUUUCCUGACAUGUGUGAUGUUUAUUGGAGGUAUAACUCAGACCAAAAGCACCAGCGUCUGCCAAGCAGUUGGGAUAAUUCUGCAUUAUUCUACUCUUGCCACAGUACUGUGGCUGGGAGUGACAUCUCGUAACAUCUAUAAACAAGUUACUAAAAAAGCGAAGAGGUGUCAAGAUCCUGAUGAGCCGCCUCCUCCACCUAGACCAAUGCUCAGAUUCUACCUUAUUGGCGGAGGAAUCCCUAUCAUAGUGUGUGGGAUAACAGCAGCAGCAAACAUCAGGAACUAUGGCAGCAGGCCUAAUGCCCCAUAUUGCUGGAUGACAUGGGAACCUAGCUUAGGAGCCUUUUAUGGACCAGCUAGCUUCAUAAUUUUCAUAAACUGCAUGUAUUUUCUCAGUAUCUUUAUACAAUUGAAACGACACCCUGAACGCAAAUUUGAACUUAAAGAGCCAGCUGAGGAACAGCAGCGUUUAGCAACCAGUGAACAUGGGGACCUGAAUCAUCAGGAUUCAGUGUCAGUCUCACUGGUUUCUACAUCAGCUUUGGAAAAUGAGCACAGUUUUCAAGCUCAGCUUCUGGGAGCAAGCCUCACUUUGUUUUUGUACGUUGCUUUGUGGAUUUUCGGGGCCUUGGCAGUUUCUCUGUAUUAUCCCAUGGACUUGAUUCUUAGUUGCUUUUUUGGGGUCACGUGUUUAAGCCUUAGUGCCUUUCUUAUGACGCAUCAUUGUGUUAAUAGGGAAGAUGUCAGGCAUGCUUGGAUAACAGCCUGCUGUCCUGGAAGGAGCACAUACUCAGUGCAAGUUAAUGUUCAGCCCUCCAAUUCCAGUGGGACUAAUGGAGAGACUCCUAAGUGUACCAACAGCAGUGCGGAAUCUUCGUGCACUAAUAAAAGUGCAUCAAGCCUAAAAAAUUCUUCUCAAGGUUGUAAACUAACCAACAUACAGGCUGCAGCAGCUCAAUGCCAUCCUAAUUCUUUACCACUGAACACAGGUCCUCAGCUUGAUAACAGUUUGACUGAGCAUUCAGUAGACAAUGACAUAAAAAUGCAUGUGGCUCCAUUAGAGAUACAGUUUCGGACAAAUGGACAUCAAAGCAGACAUAAAAACAGAAGUAAGGGACAUCGCGCAAGCAGGCUUACGGUAUUGAGGGAGUAUGCAUACGAUGUCCCUACCAGUGUGGAAGGAAGUGUACAAAAUGGCUUAUCUAAAAAUCGACAAAGUAACAGUGAAGGACAUUCAAGGAGUCGAAGAGCCUAUUUAGCAUACAGAGAACGCCAAUAUAACCAGUCCCAACAAGAUAGCAGCGAUGCUUGCAGUACACUUCCAAAAAGCAAUAAAAAUAGUGAAAAAUCCAUUGCUACAAACAACAAAAAGGAUGUUCUGAGGAAACCAAUAGUAGUUGAACUUGAAAGCCAGCAAAAAUCAUAUGGCUUAAAUUUAGCCAUUCAGAAUGGACAACUUAAAGGCAGUGGACAGGAUGGACCCUUGCUUGCUGCAGACAGCACUGGCAAUAUUAGGACUGGGUUAUGGAAACAUGAAACUACUGUGUAGCAAUAUUGUACUUCAUCAUGGGAGAAUCUCUUGUGAACUGUGAUUCACACAUUCCUUUAAGCUAUUAACGCUUUUAAAAACUGUUUACAAACAAGUGGUACUUCAUGCAAGGAGGAGAAAAGAGAAUCUGCCGUGCAAAAUGUUCUAUACAUUUUGGGAAUAUCCUUGGUGUUUUUUUACAAAGAAACUUCUUCUCUUCUGUGAAUUUUAAUUUUUUUUAAAGCAGCAGGUCCAGUUUUGAGAUGCAGAUCAGAACUUUUUAAAAAAUUCUUACAGAUAGCCCCCCAGAUGUGUCCACAACACAUUUCAAGUGUGUAUUAAAAUGUGUAUUAAAGAGUAUUUUCCCAGUAA